UUGAAUUCAUCCACUUUCCCUUUUCCACAUUUGUUGUCUUUAUAAACAAGACAAACCCCUCAUCAUCACUUCAUUCUCCAUAGUUAGAAUCAUAACAAUCUCACAAACCCAACCACAAUGUCUUCCCAACAUUUCCUCACUUUGUUCUUCUUCCUUCUCCUCUCUUGCACCACCCUCACUUCUUCAACAUCAUCACCAUCUCAAAACAAAGACACUUUUGAUUUUGCUCGUCCAAUAGAUCGCAAGUUGUUAGGCCUAAACAAGAAAGAAAAACUAAGCCAUUUCAAAUUCUAUUGGCAUGACAUAUUGAAUGGAAAAAACCCAUCUUCAGUUCAAAUUCUUUCACCAUCUAAUAACUCAUCCACUUAUUUCGGUUCAAUCAACAUGAUUGACAACCCCUUGACUUUAAGACCAGAACUGAGUUCUAAGCUUGUUGGAAAAGCUCAAGGCUUCUAUGCAUCUGCUUCACAGGCUGAGUUUGGUUUACUCAUGGCUAUGAACUUUGCUUUUGUUGAAGGAAAGUAUAAUGGAAGUACUAUUACUAUCUUGGGGAGGAAUCCUGCUAUGCAUAAGGUUAGAGAGAUGCCUGUUGUUGGUGGAAGUGGACUCUUCAGAUUUGCUAGAGGAUAUGCUCAAGCUAGUACUUACUCGUUUGAUAUGAAAUCUGGGAAUGCUUGUGUUGAGUACAAUGUUUAUGUUUUUCACUAUUGAUGUGUUAAUUAUUGUUGUUAUUGUUUAUGUUAUGUUUAUUUUAGGAUUGUUAGUUUAUCCAAAAGUAUUUUCAUUGUUUCCAAAUGAGAGAGAUGUGUUGCUAUGCUAAUAAAAAUUUAAUAAAGUUUUGCAAUCGACAUUCAAUAAUAUU